AUGUGCGAGUUAUAUGAUCCAGCAGCUAGAAAAUGGGCAUUUACUAAUCCUAUGCUCUAUCCACGAGAGUUUCACACAGUAUCAGUAUUACCAGACGGAAAAGUACUGGUGACAGGUGGAGGAGUUGCCGAUGAUGGUGAUUCGGGAAAAACAUGUGAGUUGUAUGAUCCAUCAACGGAAAAAUGGAUAUUGACUGGUAGCAUGCAUGACGCACGAUAUAUGCAUACAGCAACAGUAUUAUCGGAUGGGAAAGUGUUAGUUACUGGGGGAUUCCUUAAUCUGGAAACGGCAUUGAAUUCAAGUGAAGUGUAUGAUCCAUCAACUGGGAAUUGGACAUUGGUUACUGGUAUGCAUGAUAGGCGAUAUAGCCAUACAGCAACAAUACUGAAAAAUGGAACCGUGUUAGUCGUAGGUGGCCAAAACGAUAGCCAAAUUUUGAAUAGUGUUGAGCUCUACAAUCCAUUAGCACAAACUUGGACAAUAACUCAACCAAUGAAAAGUGUACGUUAUUCACAUACAGCAUCUUUAUUAUACAACGGAGAAGUGCUAGUUACUGGGGGAGCUAUCAGUGACAAUGAUGCUACAGAGAGUACUGAAUUGUAUGAUCCAGUAAUAGGUUCAUGGCAAGAUGAAGAUGAUAUGCAUACGUACCGCGUGUGGCACACAGCAUCCACAUUAGCAAACGGAAACAUCCUAGUUGCUGCUGGAAGUCUGGACACUAAUAUCGAAGGAACAAUAUAUUCCACUGAGCUCUACAAUUCAACAAGAAAAACAUUCACAUAUUCUAACUGA